UGAAGACCCAUUGGGAGAAGUUUCAGCCUAGUUUCAUUUCCCUUGCUUCUUGUUUGUCAGUUGUCCAAUGAGAACAAUUCUAGGGAGUUCCAGUGUAACUGUCCUGUUUUUCCAGUUGUUCAUUUCCCCAGGUGUUCUCUCACCUGGCACCAGAUGUGGACAGGUGCAGACCCUUUUCAGAAAGCCUGGCAUUUUAGGCAAAGGGAGAUGAUUCUCGCCUGACCAGCACCCACAUUGGAGCCUUGACCAGCAAUGAAAACAGCGUACAGGAGCCCUGGUGGCACAGUGGCAUAUUGGUAAAAGCACUCUCUGCCAACCAGAAGGUCAGCUAUUUGAGUCUACCAGCUGCUCCAUGAGAGAAAGAUGUGGCAGUGUGCUUCUGUAAAGAUAUACAGCCUUGGAAACCAUGGGGGGGGGGGUGGUUCUGCCCUGUUCUGUAGGGUCACUAUGAGUUGGAACCUACUCGACAGCAGUGGUUGUGGGUGAGAGACAACGUUCAGGUUUUCCUCUUCCGGGAGAGUGUUUUCUUUCCUCUGGAAAUAGCCCUCGUCUUCUGGUAUUAUUGAACAAAGCAAAGAGGAGACAGAUGAAAAAUUCAUUUGAGGUACAGGUAGUCUUCCCAACAACCUCUUACGAGAAGCCUUAACCUGAAUAUUAAGUUAUUCAGAGAGACUUGACAGGCAAGAGUUGUCAAUGUGGUUCCAAGUCAUUAGAAUAGUUUUGAUAGUAUGAGAGGGAGAGGUUUUGUAAUAAUUUUUACUUUGGAGUAAUUUCUUUAGGAAUAAUCACCUGGGAGUAGUGAAAAGCUGGUCCCAGUUUCUCCCUCAGACUCAAUCAACCAGUCUCUGGGGCCAGAACCCAGGAAUUGGUGCUUUCCAGAAGCUGUCAGGUGGUUCGAUGAUCAGCCUGGGGCGGAAGCUCCCGAAAGCUCCCUCAUAGUUGUGCUUUGUUUACACUAAACAAUUUUAUUCCUUCAAAUAUUGGGGUAGUCAGAGUGGGUGAUGCUUUUAUGCUUCCUUUUUGUAAAAAAAGAAAGCAUUUCAUAACAGUCCACAAAGAGGAAGAUGUUUUUUCUUUGAGCUUAAAUCCGGGUUUUCAGCUGGUGUCAUUUAGAAGUACACUACACAUUAAUAACUUGCUUUUUGGCAGUUUAAACAGAAAGUGAUCCUAUGAUACAUCGUAGGGAGAUUUUCUAAUCAUGAAUAAGCUCAGAAAGAACGGGAAAAUGAACGCAUGUGGUGGUUCCCUCACAAUCGUGCCCUUCUUGCAUCCCUACUGCAUUGUAGAAUUCUGUGCUUGCCGCUGACAACACACUUUCCAAUUUCUUUAGCACAGCGGCAAGUCUUUGUUUUGUAUUGUACAUACAGAGCAGUUGCCUAUUUUGACCUUUCAUCUUUCUUCCCUCUCCAGCUAAAACAUUCUUUUCAUGAAGGGUGGCUUGCCACCUUUGAGAACCUGCCAACUUUGGUUCGUGUGGUAAUUUGGGCAGACACAUUGCCAGUGAGCCAACUGGGGCAUUUUUGUCUGACCCUUUCCUGUUUCUCCAGCACAUUAAAAAAAAACAUUAAUUUUAAUUGGGGUUAGGCACUGUCUUAGUCAUCUAGUGCUGCUGUAACAGAAAUACUACAAGUGAAGGCUUCAGCAAACAAGUUUAUUCUCAGUCCAGUAGGCUAGAAGUCUGAAUUCAGGGCACCAGCUCCAGGGGAAGGCUUACUUUCCCUGUUGGCUCUGGGGGAAGUCCUUGUCAUUGGUCUUCCCCAGUUGAGGAGCUUUUCAGCACAGGGACCCCAGGUCCAAAGGACACGCUGUUCUCCUGGCUCUUGUUUCUUGGUGGUAUUAGGUCCACAUGUCUCUCUGUUUGCUUCUCUCUUUUACAUCUCAAAAGAUUGGCUCAAGACACAAUCCAGUCUUGUAGAUUGAGUCCUACCUCAUUAACACAGCUGCUACUAAUCCCAUUUUAUCAAUAUCAUAGAGAUAGGAUUUACAGCAAUAGGAAAAUCACAUCAGAUGACAAAUGAUGGACAAUCACACAAUACUGGGAAUCGUGGACUAGCCAAGUUGACAGAUAUUUUGGGGGGACACAGGUCAAUCCAUUACAGGCAUUAAUUAUCUAAUAUCUCAUUUUGCCUUUUGCAGGUACAGGAUUAUCAUGGGCAUAAAGUUUGUGACCCUUACGCUUGGCUUGAAGACCCAGACAGUGAACAGACGAAGAUGAAGAAAUUGAGGCACUGAGUGAUUAAGCAACUUGACCAAGCCCACUCAGCUAGUAGCUUUCGUGGAGGCCCAGAACAAGAUCACUGUGCCGUUUCUUGAGCAGUGCCCUAUUAGAGGUUUAUAUAAAGAGAGAAUGACAGAACUGUAUGACUAUCCCAAGUAUAGCUGCCACUUCAAGAAAGGAAAACGGUAUUUUUAUUUCUACAAUACAGGUUUGCAGAACCAACGAGUAUUAUAUGUCCAGGAUUCCUUAGAGAGUGAGGCCAGAGUGUUCCUUGAUCCCAACAUCCUCUCUGAUGAUGGCACGGUGGCGCUCCGAGGCUAUGCAUUCAGUGAGGAUGGUGAAUAUUUUGCCUAUGGUCUGAGUGCCAGUGGCUCAGACUGGGUGACAAUCAAGUUCUUGAAAGUCGAUGGUGCCAAAGAGCUUCCAGAUGUCCUUGAAAGGGUCAAGUUCAGCUGUAUGGCAUGGACCCAUGAUGGGAAAGGAAUGUUCUACAACUCAUACCCUCAGCAGGAUGGAAAAAGUGAUGGCACGGAGACAUCCACCAAUCUCCACCAAAAGCUCUUCUACCAUGUCUUGGGGACUGAUCAGUCAGGGGAUAUUUUGUGUGCUGAGUUCCCUGAUGAGCCCAAAUGGAUGGGUGGAGCUGAGUUGUCUGAUGAUGGUCGCUAUGUCUUGUUAUCAAUCAGGGAGGGCUGUGAUCCAGUAAACCGGCUCUGGUACUGUGACCUACAGCAGGAAUCACAUGGCGUCACUGGAAUUCUGAAGUGGGUAAAGCUGAUAGACAACUUUGAGGGAGAAUAUGACUAUGUAACCAACGAGGGGACCGUGUUCACGUUCAAGACAAAUCGCCAUUCUCCCAACUACCGCCUGAUCAACAUAGACUUCAUGGAUCCUGACGAGUCUAAGUGGAAAGUGCUUGUUCCUGAGCACGAGAAGGAUGUCCUAGAAUGGGUAGCUUGCGUCAGGUCCAACUUUUUGGUCUUAUGCUACCUCCACGACGUGAAGAACAUUCUGCAGCUUCACGACCUAGCCACUGGUGCCCUCCUCAAGACCUUUCCACUCGAGGUCGGAAGCAUUGUGGGAUACAGUGGUCAGAAGAAGGACACUGAAAUCUUCUAUCAGUUUACUUCCUUUUUAUCUCCAGGUAUUAUUUAUCACUGUGAUCUUACCAAAGAGGAACUGGAGCCAAGAGUUUUCCGAGAGGUGACUGUGAAGGGAAUUGAUGCUUCCGAUUACCAGACAGUCCAGAUUUUCUACCCUAGCAAGGAUGGUACAAAGAUUCCAAUGUUCAUCGUACAUAAAAAAGGCAUAAAAUUGGAUGGCUCGCAUCCUGCUUUCUUAUAUGGCUAUGGCGGCUUUAACAUCUCUAUUACACCCAACUACAGUGUGUCCAGGCUUAUUUUUGUGAGGCAUAUGGGCGGCAUCCUUGCAGUGGCCAAUAUCAGAGGAGGUGGCGAAUAUGGAGAGACGUGGCAUAAAGGUGGUAUCUUGGCCAACAAACAAAACUGCUUUGAUGAUUUUCAGUCUGCAGCCGAAUACCUUAUAAAGGAAGGUUACACAUCUCCCAAGAGGCUGACUAUUAAUGGAGGUUCAAACGGAGGCCUGUUAGUAGCUGCAUGUGCAAAUCAGCGUCCUGACCUCUUUGGUUGUGUUAUUGCCCAAGUGGGAGUAAUGGACAUGCUGAAGUUCCAUAAGUAUACCAUCGGCCAUGCCUGGACCACUGAUUAUGGAUGCUCGGACAGUAAACAACAGUUUGAAUGGCUUAUCAAAUAUUCUCCAUUGCACAACAUCAAGUUACCAGAGACAGACGAUGUCCAGUACCCAUCCAUACUUCUCCUUACGGCUGACCAUGAUGACCGUGUGGUCCCGCUUCACUCCCUAAAGUUCAUUGCCACUCUACAGUACAUCGUGGGCCGCAGCCGUAAUCAAAUCAACCCCCUGCUUAUCCACGUGGACACCAAGGCAGGCCACGGGGCAGGGAAGCCUACUGCCAAAGUCAUAGAAGAAGUCUCAGAUAUGUUUGCAUUUAUAGCACGGUGCCUGAACAUUGACUGGAUUCAGUAAAUAGAAUUCUCUGCUUCCUCUUGACAGCCACAGAAAACCUCAAGGGCUUUCACAUCGUUGAAACCGAGAAACCACUGGGUAUGAUGCACACCCACAUAAACGCUAUUCCUGCACUCACAGGCUACAGUUGAACAGAACUUCUGUGGGAAUUUUAUCUUUUUUAGGCUUCUCCUUUUUAGCAAGCCCUUGGAGUUUCUUUUUCAACCCUAUCCAGGCACAUGUUUUAAAAAAAAAUUUUUUAAAACGCAUGUUUGGAUAAAUAGCUAAGUGGCAGCCAACACAUUGUGAAUACUAGAUCGCUGAAUUAAGAGUCAUAGUCGGGAUAUUCAUAUAUAACACCUCAGUGGAAUUUGCUUCUAUAAUCAUAACCAAUAUAUCUUUCAAUAAAUGUGAGAACUGUCUUCAUAAAGAAGACUUCUUUGCAACAAUAAUAAAUGUUAUUUAAGAAUGAGAGGCUUCCUUUCUGGUUCCUUUGCAUUGAGGGGCAGCUGCAGGAGUAGUCUCAUCCUGAACCAUGUUGCUUUUCUGCAGAAAUAAAGCAUUCUGUCACUUUGCAAUAUUUCCCAAGCAAUAAAGUCUUAGAAUGUUAGCACUGGAAAGAAGUUGAGCUCACCCAUUCCAGCUCUUUUGUUUAUGGGUGAUAAAGCUGCUAGAGGUGACUCCCUGUCCUCUGUGUUAACACCUCAGUCAGCUGAUGAUGUAUCUGAUCAGGGCCCUUCCAUUUGUACACCUUCUUGUAAAAUGCAGUGAAACUAGACUGGGAAAGUCAAGUUAUUCACCUGCCUUGUCUUUCCGUUUGUUGAUUUCGUUACAAAGUAUUCCUGGAAAUCACAGUUCCUUGAAUAUGAAACUAAGGAGACCACGUGAGUAAACUAUGCGAACAGAUAAGUUUAUCCAAGCUUAUCUUACAUUAAAAAAUUUUUCAGCAUUUUUCAAGCUGUUUUUCUCUCAUAGACCACUUUCUGGAAAUAUAAAUAGGCGUACUUAAAAAAAAAGAAAAGCUGUGUGCAUUAGUGAGUUUGGAAAUCAGUGGAUUAAGCAAAGAGUUAAGGAAAAAAAGCUUCACCCCCCCUCCCCUCCCCCCGCAUUUUAAGCCACAGAACUUCUCAGAGCCUUUGAAAUGCCACUACACUCAUGAAUCGUUGUUGUUGGGUGCCUUUCGAGUUGAUUUCAACUCAUAGCAAUCCCAUGGGACAGAGUAGACCUGCUUCAGAGGGUUUUCUAGGCUGUAAUCUUUAUGGAAGUAGAUUGCUAGGUCUUUCUCUUAGGGAGCUGCUAGUUGUGUUCGAAUCGCCAACCUUUAGCAGUUGAGCACUUAACCUGUUGCACCACCAAGACUCCUUCAUGAAUCUUUAAAGGAGGGUAUGUUGUUGUUGUAGUUAGGUGUCACUGAGUUGGUUCUGACUCAUAGGAACCCUAUGUACAACAGAACAAAAACACUACUUAGUCAUGCGCCAUCCUCAAAAUCAUUGCUAUGUUUGAGCCUGUUGUUGCAGCCACUGUGUCAGACCAUCUCCUUGAGGGUCUUCCUUUUUUUCCCUGAUCCUCUACCUUACCAAGCAUGAUGUCCUUCUCCAGGGACUGGUCCCUCCUGAUAACACGUCCAAAGUCCAUGAAACGAAGUCUCGCCAUCCUUGCUUCCAAGGAGCAUUCUGGUUGUACUUCUUCCAAGACAGAUUUGUUCCUUCUUCUGGCAGUCAAUGGUACACUCAAUAUUCUUCAUGAACACCAUAAUUUAAAGGGAUCAGUUCUUCUUUGGUCUUCCUUAUUCAUAGUCCACCUUUUGCAUGCAUAUGAGGCAAUUGAAAAUACCGUGGCUUGGGUCAGGCACAUCAUAGUCCCCAAGGUGACAUCUUUGCUUUUUAACACUGUAAGGAAGUCUUUUGUAGCAGAUUUGCCCAAUGAAAUAUGUCAUUUGAUUUCUUGACUGCUGCUUCCAUGGCCUGCUUCCAUGGACGUGAAAUGAAAUCCUUGACAACUUCAAUAUUUUUUCCAUUUAUCACGAUGUUGCUUGUUGGUCCAGUUGUGAGGAUUUUUGUUUUAUGUUAAGGUGUAAUCCAUACUGAAGACUGUAGUACUUGAUCUUCAUAAGUAAAUGCUUCAAGUCCUCAUUGUGUCAUCUGCAUAUCACAAGUUGUUAGUCUUCCUCCAAUCCUGAUGCUGUUUUUGUCAUAUAGUCCAGCAUAAAAAAAAAAAAAACCAAACCCAGUGCCG